GUGUCCUUCCUUCCUUCCUUCCUCAACCCUCCAGCGCUUAUCUCUCUUUCGAACGCUGCCCUACCUACCUUCCUCUCUCUUUUGAACCCUUCUCCUUCUGUCUUUCCCCUCUCCAUGCCUCCCCAGAGUGUAACGAUGAGGUUAAACAGUCUUGUGCUUGGAGAUUUCAUGUCUUACAACGGGGGUGUGUUUGAUUGGUGGGAUGAGAUCGAUGAAUCAGAAAAAUGGCAGCGGGGUAUUUUCUACGUCUUGUGUGCCUCCUACGCCUUGGUUUCCUUUGUUGCCUUGGUACAACUUUUCUGUAUCCAAUUAAGAGUGCCAGACUAUGGAUGGACUACACAAAAAGUUUUCCACUUGAUGAAUUUUCUUGUUAAUGGAUUGAGGGCUGUUCUCUUUGCUUUCUACAAGAAGGUGUUUCUUAUUAAGCCCAAGGUGCUUGAAAUGGUGCUUCUGGAUCUUCCCAGUCUCCUGUUUUUCUCAACAUAUACUUUACUUGUCUUGUUCUGGGCUGAAAUAUAUCACCAGGCACGAAGCCUUCCCAUUGAUAAACUAAGGCCUGCAUAUUUUAGUGUCAAUGGGCUGAUUUACUUCAUGCAGGUUUGCAUCUGGAUUGCUGUAAGAUUGACUCACAGUCAUGCUGCAGUGGAGAUUGCUAGACUUUCCAUAUCGGUUAUUUCAAUAAUUGCUGCUGUGGGAUUCAUGAUAUAUGGUGGCAGGUUGUUCAUCAUGUUGAGGCGCUUCCCAAUUGAAUCUAGGGGUCGUCGAAAAAAGCUUUAUGAGAUUGUGCCUAACAUACUUCUGUGGCAGGUUGGCUCUGUAACUGGAAUCUGCUGUACUUGUUUCUUGAUAAGAUGCAUUGUGGUUACAAUCUCAGCCUUCAACAAGCAUGCAGAUUUAGAUGUGCUAAAUCAUCCCAUUCUAAAUUUUAUCUACUACAUGGUAAAAGUUUGAUCUCCUGAAUAUAAUAUCCUUCCGUUGAAUCCGUUCAUGCAAUAGUAUAUUUUGGAUUGAUCUCUGAGUUGUUAGGUUGUGUCUGGAUAAAAUAUUUUUGGAGAGAUUUCAUAUUGACGAAGAAUUUAAAUCCCUUUUCUAAAUUACCUUUUUCUUUGGCAACAAUUAUUUGGUUUUCAUACAAAAACUUACAUUUAAACUGAGAGUUGGUUUUCUGAAAUUUCUCCUCCUCCCCUUCCUAAAUGAUUCACUCCCCAACCCUGAACAAGUUGACCAAAAAGGUAAUUUAGACAGUAUUUGAAAUUAUUCAACAUGAAAUCCCUUCCAAAAAUCUUUCAUCCAAACAGAACCACUAAAAAAAAGGGAAAAAAUGAUUGAAAUGAACAACCAAAGGUUUA